UCAGAACCUCCUGCAGCCCGCAUGGCCGCACUGCAAGACGAGGGCAGCGUGCCCUUCUCCAUUGCUCACGGCCAACAGCACCUCCGUCUUCUCGAGCUCCCGGCUGAGAUCCUCGAGCUGCUUGAUGCUCCCAAUCCGCCACCACUAUCCAUAAAAUCACAAGCUGCUUCUGGCGCGUCCGGUACCCCAAGUGCGAAGCCAGCAUAUGCCGUGCUCUGUACUCCGACUUCGUCCUUCCAGCUACGGCAGGUACAGACGUCCAAUUCCCUCUUCGUUACCCAAGCCACGCUUGAAGCCCAUGGCAACGAGAUACCCGCCCCGACUAUUUGUGCAAUUGCUUCGUGCGCAGCAACACUAGAGUUGCACCCAUCCACUGAGUCUUCUGUCGUGCACUUGCAGGCUGUCUUGCCUGUCUACGAUAUUGUCGGCGGAGACGUUGAUGUGGCAGGCAACGGGAAGAGCAAACCCGUCAUCUUCUCACAUAUUCCUCUCUCUGAUGGACAAUGCGAAAGUGGCUGGCGGGAGUUGGUGGCAUUCGAAUUCGCCGGAAGCUCCUACCGACCGUCCGCAAACACCCUUUCUCAAGCGUGGAAAUCAAUCAGUGCUGCUGCUCUGGCUGAAGGCGUCAAGCUGGAUAGCCAAUUUCUGACCGAGGAUAUCUUAAGGCUUGUGGAUGAGGAGGGCUACCCCUCCGAUCUCAUCUUGGCCAUUCUGCGGCUUUUAGCGGCCGAUAACCAGGACAAAACUGGGCCCUGGUCCUGUCUGGAUCGAAGAAAGACGGCCUGCUUCGUUGGGAAAACAUUGCUAGAAGCAAGACAGGAGAAGAAAUAUCUCACAGCCGAGUUCCUUGACGACUGGCGAGAUCUUCUCCCAGGAACAUGGCGGGAAAUUGCGAAACUCGAUACUAUAUCUGGCGCAUACACCCUACCCUCAUCUACAACCAUCCGGUUCAAUGAGCGGUUAGCCGCGGCUAUAAAUGCAGAGGAUGUGACUUCAAACGCAGCAUCUUCUUCUCGAAAGUGGCACGAGAGGUUUGGCAGAGCACGUCAACGUUGAAGGGUUCUAACGAAAGUAAUGAAUCCGAGCAUCUAGGGUAUACUAGCAAUCCGCCGAUUCCAACACCCUACAUCGGCAUACGUCUCAUCUCCUCAAUAGUCCAGUACUUUCUCAUGUUCUCUGCCCCCAACUGUGCCACCUCGUCAUCUAGAUGUUGCCACAGCACCUUGCCAAAGCCAUCCAA